AUGGAGGCAAAGAAGUUAGUGACCUUGCUUGCCAACAGAGCAUCCCAAGUUCAAUCUUCAGCAGCUAACCCACACAGAAAAUAUAGGGAAAGGCCCCAGAACCCACACAGGAAAUAUAGGGAAAGGCCCCAGAACCCACACAGGAAAUAUAGGGAAAGGCCCCAGAACUCACACAGGAAAUAUAGGGAAAGGCCCCAGAACCCACACAGGAAAUAUAGGGAAAGGCCCCAGAACCCACACAGGAAAUAUAGGGAAAGGCCCCAGAACCCACACAGGAAAUAUGGGGAAAGGCCCCAGAACCCACACAGGAAAUAUGGGGAAAGGCCCCAGAACCCACACAGGAAAUAUAGGGAAAGGCCCCAGAACUCACACAGGAAAUAUAGGGAAAGGCCCCAGAACCCACACAGGAAAUAUAGGGAAAGACCCCAGAACCCACACAGGAAAUUUGGGGAAAGGCCCCAGAACCCACACAGGAAAUAUAGGGAAAGGCCCCAGAACCCACACAGGAAAUAUAGGGAAAGGCCCCAGAACCCACACAGGAAAUAUAGGGAAAGGCCCCAGAACUCACACAGGAAAUAUAGGGAAAGGCCCCAGAACCCACACAGGAAAUAUAGGGAAAGGCCCCAGAACCCACACAGGAAAUAUAGGGAAAGGCCCCAGAACCCACACAGGAAAUAUAGGGAAAGGCCCCAGAACUCACACAGGAAAUAUAGGGAAAGGCCCCAGAAGCCACACAGGAAAUAUGGGGAAAGGCCCCAGAACCCACACAGGAAAUAUAGGGAAAGGCCCCAGAACCCACACAGGAAAUAUAGGGAAAGGCCCCAGAACCCACACAGGAAAUAUAGGGAAAGGCCCCAGAACUCACACAGGAAAUAUGGGGAAAGGCCCCAGAAGCCACACAGGAAAUAUGGGGAAAGGCCCCAGAACCCACACAGGAAAUAUAGGGAAAG